GCGACGCGGAUGCCGACGGUCGAUCGUCGUUUCUGAUUUCUAUCUGCAUCAGCUCUUCCGAGCUUCAUAAAAAAAACAUUCGUAAGGGAAUAGAAUCAAGAGAAGGGAAACGGGAUUAGAGUGAUGACGCGUACGUAGAAGAGCCGUUGCCGGGUUGCAAUGCUGCAAAAACUCGCGGAAGCAAAUCCAUGAACAGCGCGCGUAUCCCGAUCAGCUCCCAUCCUUUGUGUCACGAUCGUCAAAAGAAAAACCGGCCGCUCUUACGUGUCCAUUAACAUCCGUGGCGAAAGGGAUAUUUCGUUUUGGCUUGAAGGAUUCUCUGGCUAUUAAACAGUUGAGAAAGAGAAAGAGAAAAACGGACAAAUAUAAAAAGGAAAAGCUCCUCCAGAAGGUCGUUAUCCUUAUCCGAUGUAACGUAGAGACAAACCUUCGUGAGAGAAGCAGAUAGAUCCUGUACGUUCCAGAACCUCGCAUACUUCGGGCACGAAGAAUUGAAAGAGCCAAUUUUGUGGAGCGCAACGACUCAAUCGUGAGGAGGAAAAUCGGAACAAAGCCAAUCAGCAGCAGCGGUGUUUCUUCGCAAGGAGAAUUGCUCGAAUUUAAACGAAUGAGAAACGUUAAUUAUGCUUCGUGUUAAAAUCACACGGGACUUAAAAAAAAAAAAAAACGUACGCGACAAGUCGAAUCUUUGCGGAUAACCGAGUUGUCGACGAUCUAACGAAGUGAUUGAAUCAUCGGAUUAAGUGUGAAGAAACGUUUUGUUCAAAGAAAAAAAACCGUGAAAGAAUGAAGCUUAGACAAUCGGUUCCGACCGUUCUUGUUAAUGAGCGCGUGAUAAGCGCUGCGUAAGCACGCAAAAGAAAGGACAGCUAAUAUCGAGAUGAAACUGGGAGAUAAUAUGACUACGGAAGCUUGCAACGGAUGGAGCGACGUUACGCAACGAAAAUUUCGACCACCACGAAUCGGUGAUAUUCCGAGACGCAGAGCGAUCGAUCAGCCCUCUCCUUUUUCCGAAAUUUCACCUAGGCAUAUACAAGACUCGCCUGAUACUGAACAAGUAUCGACGAAUGCAUCAGAUUCGUCGAACGUGCCAACGGACUCGAUUCAAUCCAAUCAGGAAGUGCGCAAGGACAGCGCGUUAUAUCUCGAAGAAGAGAGCCUGAAAGCGACUGCUGACAACGUUGUCCGAAGACUGAGCAGCGGCUACGAGAGCACGCGGGGUAGCUUCGACGACAACAGACUCUGGACAACGGUCUCGAUUUCGAGCGGCGGUAAUUGCGUACAGGUGCUGGAAAGAUGGCGGAAACAAAAGGAAACACUUUUGAUCAAUAAUAUUGGUCUCACUAGCGGCGGUUUCGUAGAAAUAAAUACUGACGAGCAGUAUUCAGACGUGAACAUAUUGGGGAAGAGAAUGCCGACAAUAGAAUAUAUUGAAACCACGUACAGAAAAAUGUCGAGCCCCAGCCUCGACAUGUCCAGCAUUCAGGACGGGAAGGAUGUGAAGCAAGAAUCUGUCAAGCAGGAAGAUAUCGAGCGCGAUAGACAGAUAACACCGUGUUUCGAAAACUUCAAACUGAUGUCCAUAAAGGAUCUAUCCUGCAAUAGACACAACACGGAGGAUCGAGGGACACAGGAAAGCGAAACCUGGCAGAAACACGAUAAGAAACUUUUGGAAAGCGGCGGAAACAAUGACGAAACCGCGGUUAAUAAGAUCACGGAUCUGUCCGAGAUCCGCGAGACACAAAAGCUCGACUACAAUAAGUCGACGGUGGCCCGUACUAAUAAUAGUGACACGAACUUUGCAAUUACAAAUGACACAAAUGUGAAAGCCAACGUUACCGCCAACGUUGAUAUUACUUGUUCGAAGACGGACGCGAGAAAAUUAUCUCUGCCUGGCGAACCGGGACCAAGCCAGCGAUCGGCCAGCAAUGUCACUGACAGACCUAUUUAUCCUCGUUACCCGUAUUCACCUUACGGCAGUCCUCAGGGCUCACCCAGAAGUUACAACAGGACACUCAACAGAGAGCGUUCCGUUGGGAGCGGCAUGUUCGUUGACAGUCAAUCUGACGGUCAACACUUAAAUCAAUAUAAAGUGCUGGACGAGAUUGGAAAGGGUUCUUUUGGCUUCGUGAAAAAGGUUUACAACGAGGACAACGGCCGAUAUUACGCCAUGAAGAUACUGAGCAAGAGAAAAUUGAUGAAGAAGGCGGGCAUAUUCGGGAGGAUGGCGCCGCGAAGAACGAGCGUCGAUCCUCUGGCAAAUGUUUACAAGGAAAUCGCCAUUCUGAGAAAACUCGAUCAUCCUAAUGUUGUCAAGUUAGUCGAGGUGCUCGACCAUCCUGACAAGGACAACCUCUAUCUGGUUUUCGAACUGGUCCACAGGGGCGAGAUCCUCGUUAUACCUACUAACAACCCUCUGCAAGAGGAAACGGCCAGGCGUUAUUUUCGUGACGUCGUACUGGGAGUUGAAUAUUUGCAUUAUCAAAAUAUCGUGCACCGUGACAUAAAGCCGAGUAACCUGCUGGUGGACAAGGACGACAGGAUUAAAAUUGCUGAUCUCGGCGUUAGCACGCAAUUAAGAGAACCCGGAGAAUUAUUGAUAGGACAAGCCGGCACGCCGGCUUUUGCGGCGCCCGAGACAACACUUCCCAGCAAUUACUACUUCGGUCCGCCAUGCGACGUGUGGUCGAUGGGGGUAACAUUGUACGCGCUGGUAAUUGGGGAUCUUCCUUGGUCCGGUGCCGAUGCCGCGGCAAUCUACGAAAUUAUUCGAUCCAAUUCGCUUGUGUUCCCGCAAGAGCAUCAAGUGUCUUCGAAGUUGCGGGAUCUGAUCGAACAGAUGCUCGACAAAUCGCCGGAGAAGAGGAUCAAGAUAUCGGGGAUAAAACAACAUUCGUGGCUGACCAAUGACGCGACCGAACCACUGCCGAGCGAAGCCGACAACUGUCGCAUACCGGUCACCGUCACCGACGAGGAAGUCAUCAAACUCGGCACAUUGGUGCUCAUUAAGACCAUGCUAAAGCAGCACAGUUUUCAGAAUCCAUUCCUGUCUAAGCGACUUGGACGAACGACCGGCAACAAUGUGGGGACGGAAUCGACGGGAACGGAAAACAGCGGCGCGUCCUUCUCGUUUCAGCGCAAUACGAUGAGAGGCGUAAAAGCGCAACGUUUUCACGAGAGAAGCAAUUCCGCGCCAGAUUCUUACGAUUGGCACUCGAGCAGACAAGUGUCAGUGGAAACUCCCUUACCACCGGUAACGGAAGCAUCGAACCAGGAGUCGGACGUCGAGAAGAGGUAGUGCCUAUUAUCGGCAGAAGAACAAAGAAUAACAGAUCUCCCGAUCUAAUAGCACGUUGACGUUUGAAAACAGAUCGGAAAAAAACGACGAUUGAUCGCGAUCUUAGCGCAAGCGAUCGCCACGUCAGAAGCCGGAUAAAAGCGUCAGAAACAAAAACAAAAAAAAAAAAAAAAAA